GCUACCGCCUGUUCCUGGUUAACGUCACCACCUUAUUUGGCCGGGCCGUUCGCUUCCGUGUGGCCCCAUCUCCACUACCAACACAGCCCACUUUACCACUUCCAUUGUGCGCUCAGGGGAUUCGGGUCCUCUGUAACGGUCCCCCAGCCCGCUACGCACCCCUCUUAGCUUGUGCCUCAACAUUUAACCACGCCGCGCAACCCCUUCCUGAAUGCUGGCAUUUUCCUUUGUUCUGCACAUAGAAGCCGGGGAAGACAUCUAUCUCGACUAAAACAAGCAUUCUCGAACGAAAUUCUUCAUCAUCUGCGAUAUAUCUCGUUCCGAGAUCGGAGCUGGCCAAGCUAGAACUUAAAACAAUUUGUGACUAGCCAACGAAGUAUCAACCAACCAUGGCUCGACAAUCUGCGACUACGGCCACAAAAGCCGAUGUUUCUAGCGAAAAGCCAGCCAACAAUACAUAUGAGAAUGCUGAUGGCAAGAAGGAUUUCUUCUGGACUUAUACUGAGGAGCCUCACCGCACACGCCGCAUGGCAAUUAUCAAGAAACAUCCCGAGAUCCUGAAACUUUGCGGACCCGAGCCCCUUACAAAAUACGUCGUAGCAUUCGUUGUUCUGCUGCAAGUAAGCAUCGCCAUUACGCUUCGAGACACUCCAUUUUGGUCAUUGAAGUUUUGGUUCUUCGCCUACGUUUUUGGUGCGACUGCCAACCAGAACCUCUUCCUCGCCAUCCAUGAAAUCUCGCAUAAUCUUGCUUUCAAGAGCGGACUUGCAAACAGACUCCUCGCAAUUUUUGCAAACCUGCCCAUUGCAAUUCCUUACAGCGCCUCCUUUCGCCCAUAUCAUCUUACUCACCACAAAUCGCUCGGUGUCGAUGGACUGGAUGUAGACUUGCCCACUGCUUUUGAGGCGAUUUUCCUCGACUCCAUUCUCGGCAAGGCCUUCUUCUGCACCUUUCAGAUCUUCUUCUAUGCUCUCCGGCCUAUGGCCAUCUAUCAGAUCCCUCUUACCGGGAUACAUGCACUCAAUAUUGCCGUCCAGGUUGCGUUCGAUUUCGUCUUAGCACGCUACGCUGGUGGCCAUGCCGUUCUCUACCUGCUACUGUCGUCCUUCCUUGCUGGCAGUCUGCAUCCUGUCGCCGGUCACUUCAUUGCUGAGCACUAUGUAUACGAGAAUAUCACACCGACUCAGAAGAACCCCGAAAACAAGGUUCCUAUUCCCGAGACCUUUUCUUACUAUGGUCCUCUGAACGUGCUUCUCUACAAUGUCGGUCUGCACAACGAGCAUCAUGACUUUCCUGCUAUUCCCUGGACUCGCUUGCCAGCUGUCUACAACAUCGCUCGCGAAUUCUACGAGGACCUUCCUCGUCAUGAAAGCUGGACAUAUGUAAUCUGGAGAUUUAUUUGGGAUGAGAACGUCGGUCUUAAUUGCCGUGUCAAGCGCCAGGAGGGUGGCCGCCGUGUUGGAGGCACUGCCAGCUGGAACGAGUCUGAAGUCCAAGCUUAAUCUUCAGACUGCAUAUUUGCGAAUUCUUCAUCUUUCAAGGCGUUUCUCGGCGUAUCGGUUCUUAUUCUACUUUAUUUGAACUCUUGACUUCUGCUGUCAGUUUGCAAGAAAAAAAGCAUUGACAUUGUGUUGCUCAAUACGAGAGGAUGGUAGACAAUGUACGUGUUUAUAGGCAGUCGUAAAAUAGAACUCAAUACUGAAAUCAAUGCUUAGUUACACAGAUUACAAACAAAACAU